AAUAUAAAUAUUUGUUGCAUUGAAUAAUUGAUUCGAUUUUAGUUUUUUUUUCCCAUAAUGUCCGGCUUUCCGCACAAUCUAUUGACACAAUACGAACAGACGUCGAAUAAAUUGAAGAAAAUCCAACGCAUCGUUUUCAAACGAUUUGCUCCAAAUGUAUCCGAAGUGUCUGAGGAAUUUCAACGCUUAGCAGCUCAAUUUUUUGAAGGUGGAAUGCCCGAAUAUGCCGCACUUUGCUAUGAUGGAGCCUCAAAAUGUGAGAAAGCAUUGAAUAAUCCCAUUUUUGAACGACAUUUAUUGCUAAAAGCAGCUCGUGCAUACCGUGAAGCCGAUGCCAAUCGAUUGUGUUUGCGAAGUAAUACGAAACCGUACACACAGGGUGCAUUGAGUUGUUAUCAUCGAGUAAUAACGCAGUCAAAUGAUAAUUCUGCCAUGAAAGCGGCUGUUAUUCGUGAAAUGAAGGAGAUCAAUCCCAAUUAUGAAGUUACAAGUAAUUUUGUUUCGCCAGCACAUCGAGCCCAAGAUUUGGAUUUGGCUGCAAAUGAGUGUAUCACAAAUGGAAAUUUUGAGAGUGCAUUGGAGAAAAUCACCGAAAUCUGUGACGACAUUGUCGAACGAAAAGUCGAAGAUUUCUAUGAAGACAUUUUAGGAAAGCACGAAAUUACAUUGAUUCUUCUCAUUUUACUAUUGGAAUAUCCAUCGGCACGACAGUCACCGUCAAAUGUUAAAUUGUAUGAAUAUUUUGCAAACGGUGGCUAUCAACACGAAUCUUAUGUAAAUUACCAAAGACAUUCCCGGCAUACUGUGGAAGUCAUCAAAAGUCUGAUUGAAGCCUGCAAAUGCCAACAAUACACUCUGGUUUACAGCAGCGAGAUUCCAUCAUUAGCUAAAAUACCUGGACUAACACAUCAUCAGAAAAUUCUUCUAGAAAAGCUCAAAGAAAAAUUUUAUAAUCUCUUGUGAUAUUUUUAUCAUAACCAUUUAUUUAAACUACUCGUUUUAAGUGUAAUGUUUGUAAUAGAAUAAAACCAUUUAUCAACACGUUAUAUCCAAUGAA